AUGAGCUGGGAUCUGAUAGAGCAUUUCAAGCUCGAUGCUCAAAUAUACGGUGAUCAUACCUUACAUAUCGAGCAUGUGUCGGACCCCGCACGGGGCUUGCGAAAGGCAAGGGUAGAGAGGAAAUGGUACAAAGAAAGAAACAUUGGCCAUGGAGCAUUUGGCGAAGUUUGGUUGGAGGUACAAAAGAAGCGCGGCCAGGUGACUGCGGAGAGGGCAGUAAAGCGCAUCCAAAAGUGCCGGAUGGAAUCUGUCAAAAUUGACUACAAGAGAGAGCUCCUCGCGCUGGCUAAGCUGUCUCGGUAUCAGGAACUUUUUGUAACGCUCCACGGAUGGUACGAAAAUAACGACAGCGUCUUUCUCGCGAUGGAGUAUUUCCCACACGGUGACUUGGACUACUACAUUACUCGGGGCAUCACAGAAGAUGGUGCGAAAAUGAUCUGUGCGCAAUUACUCGACGGUCUGAGCCUAAUGCACCGCAUUGGAUUCACUCAUCGUGAUCUCAAGCCUCAGAAUAUCUUCAUUGUGUCUACAGAACCUCAGUGGUGGGUCAAGAUCGGAGACUUUGGCAUUUCGAAGAGGAUAGCCGCCGAGCAAACAGCACUACGUACCCAUGUGGGAACACAGCAUUUUCAAGCUCCUGAAAUAUUGGGUUACGUAGAAGAAGCAGAGGAGACCUCGGAAUACACGAACGCCGUCGACAUGUGGUCCUUAGGCUGCGUCACAUAUUUGAUGCUAGCCCAGAGAGUACCUUUCGUCAAGCCCCGAGCUUUGAAUGAGUAUUGCUCCGGCAGAGUCCAGUUUCCAUCCGAAACGCUACGCGAAAGGGGCGUCAGCAUGGAUGGUCUUCGUUUUGUCGAAGAGUUGUUGAAUCCUCAUCCAUCUCAACGCCUCGCUACGGAGCCAGCUUCCCGGCAUGUCUGGCUCCAGCCUUCGUUACCGGUGGAGGUUAAAAACGACAAAGCCCAAGGACGUGAAUACCCAGUUCAAGAUCUACGACCUCUGCAACAAACUCGUUUGACAAAGCAAACCUUGGAAGCGGAGUUGCACGUCGGUGUUCUUGAGCAGGAACAGUUCCAACACCAGCCUGAAAAUCGUGCAAACAACACUACCAGCAGCCGUGCAGAGAGAGCAAGCCGUUGA